AUGUUCUCGGUCACUGUCAGCACAAGUCGUGGGCAUCAUCUCCUAUAUAAACUCCGCUCAUCUUCUUCUCCACACAACAACUAUUCCCUCCUCUCUUCUACCAAUCCCAAAGACUCUAUGGCUUCCUGCAUCGACACAUUCAGAACAUGUAAACCCCAUGACGAUGACUCUCGGUUCUGUCACAUGAAUCACUUCCGACCCGGUUAUUGCCUUUCACGAUCACCCAUCACUAAAACCUCCCACUCAAACUCUCUGGAAGGUGCCAACAUUCUCUCCGUAAAGCUCAACACUUUAACCUUAACAAGCAACACCCUCUUCGAAUUAUUCAUCAGCGUCUUAGAAGAAAGCCCAGAGAUCAUCGAAUCCGUAAAGCAAGACCUAAAAGCAGCCAAGGAAAGAGACCCUGCUUGCUUAAGCCACGUCCAUGCCUUCCUAAGCUUCAAAGGCUUCCUCGCUUGCCAAGCUCACCGAAUCGCUCACAACCUCUGGACUCAAAACAGAAAGAUCCUCGCUUUACUCAUCCAAAACAGAGUAUCCGAAGCUUUCGCCGUCGAUAUCCAUCCCGGAGCGAUGAUCGGGAAAGGGAUUCUGUUGGAUCACGCGACGGGAGUGGUGAUCGGAGAGACGGCGGUGGUUGGAGACGACGUUUCGAUUCUCCACGGCGUGACGCUCGGAGGAACCGGGAAACAGUGCGGCGAUCGGCAUCCGAAGAUCGGCGAUGGAGUUUUGAUCGGCGCCGGGAGUUGUGUGCUGGGGAAUGUUACGAUCGGGGAAGGAGCUAAGAUUGGAUCGGGGUCGGUGGUGCUUAAGGACGUGCCGCCGCGUACGACGGCAGUUGGAAAUCCGGCGAGGCUGAUAGGUGGGAAAGAGAAUCCGGAAUUGGUUGAGAAGGUUCCCGGUUUGACUAUGGACCAGACUUCUUAUUUAACCGACUGGUCUGAUUAUGUCAUCUAAUUAUUUCCAAUUAAUGUGAUUUUAAAAGUCUUAAACCAACAUUUU